UCUAUUACUAUAUCUGUUCACACUUUUAUUUAUUUUUGACAGGUGUGGCAAAAUGCGACGUCUCGGCUCGGUCCAGCAGAAGGUGGCGUGUGUUUUUAUGACGGAAGUCAAGGAAGAACCGUCGAAAAAACGUGAUUGCCAAAUGACGCCAUGUCGCGGUCUGCCCGGUGAAGAUGGAAUUCGGGAAGCAUGACAGCGCCAUCGGAUUCGCGAGGUUGAUCGACGGAAACGCCAAUCUCUAUCCUCUCUUGCGGAGCUUCACUUGGAUGCCGGCUCGCUUCCCUCUGUGGCGUAGCCUUCGCCUCCAUGCCCCAAAGACUGCGGUCGCUGCUCCAGGAUUUCAGGUGGUAGCCACCACCAUCUUGAACCCUGCCGUGCUGGAAGUGGACAUCAACUCUGCGCUGGCCACCGAAAAACUAGAUGGUACCUGCUGCUACGUUACGCACUACAAAGGGAAACCACACCUCUGGGCUCGACUGGACAGGAAAGCCAAUAAACUGGCGGAGAAGAGAUUCAAGAAAUAUCAGUAUUCUCACAGGAGCUCUAAAGGCUUCACGUGGAAUGUGGAGGAGGACUUUAAGACCGUGCCGGACACAUGGAUCCCAGCUCACGAAGUCAAACAUCACAACGGUCAUCCCGUCCCCGAUGAACACGGACACAUUCCAGGUUGGGUUCCGGUGGAGGAUAGCAACAAGCAGUACUGUUGGCACUCAUCUGUGGUGGAUUAUGGUGUGGGGACUGCGCUGCUUCUCCGUCCCGUCGCCAACAAUGACUACGACACAUUGGAAAUCGCUGCUGUGCCACUGACAGACCUCCAGGAACAAACAUUGGAGCUGAUUGGUACCAACAUCAACGGAAACCCUUACGGCUUGGGAUGUAAGAAGCAGCCUGUUCACCUCCUAGUGUCCCACGGGAGCAUCCGCAUCCGGAACCCACCAUCGGUGGAUUUCCAGCAGCUCUACUCAUGGUUCCGCAGCGGCACAGGGGGCCUUGUGGAGGGUAUCGUAUGGCACUGCAGCGCCGGCUCACUCUUCAAGGUUCACCGCCACCACCUGGGUCUGGAAUGGCCAGCCGAGGGCACUCACCUGGGCAACAAGCCGACGGUGGUCCGUGUGAGUGGGACAACAGUUGCAGCGGGCGACAACAGCAAGAGUCUGUUCGCCUCAUUCUCGCGCUUCAAUGGACACCAUUUCAGCCGCCUGCGUGACAUCCACUUUGACUUGUGAAUACAGUCCACAACAUAUUCAAAGGCAGACGAGCAUUCGCAGCCUUCACUUAGCUUUCAGCUAGCCGAGCAAUUAAGAAAGAUAUGUAUGUAUAUUCAUUCAUCCAUCUUCCGUUUUAUAUAAAUAUAUAUAUAUAUAUAUAUAUAUAUAUACACAGAUAAAUACAUAUAUAUAUAUAUAUAUACACACAUACAUAUGUAUACAUACAUACAUAUAUAUAUAUAUACACGCAUAUAUAUAUUUAUAUAUAUAUAUGUAUGUAUAUAUAUGCGUGUAUAUAUACCAGUUUAGGGUGUACCCUGCCCGAUGAUAGCUGGGAUAGGCUACAUCCUAGUGAGGAGAAGCGGCUCAGAAAAUGGAUGGAUGGAUGGAUGGAUAUAUAUAUAUGUGUGUGUGUGUGUGUAUGUAUAUGUGUAUAUGUGUAUAUAU